AUGCCUCCAAAAAAAGGGGUAGGCAACAGCAAAGGCAAGCAGCCUGCUAAGCGCCCCAAAGUCAGUGGGCCUCCCCCUGAUUCGUCCUCUGAUGAGGAGGAUUCAGGGUCGCUCCGGCAGGAAAUUUUGGCCAAGUUGGCCUUAUUGGAACGGGCAAAAGGGGUUUCUUCUGGUCAGGUAGUUCCCGGCAGGGCUGGUAGGGCUUCUAAGAAGGUUUCCCGGGCCACUUUUCAGCGCGAUGUCCUCACGCGUCUUUCUGUUCUGGAAAGUUAUACAGGUGGUGAGAUGAGCGGUGCGGGCGUGCUUCAGGAAGAUCUGGACCGAGCUGGGCCUUCGGCACGGGCAGAGGAUGACACAGCCGAGGUGUCGGAGGUUCCUCCAGUAGCGGUGGCAGUGGAUCAAGUGGAGCCCGAGGGUGCUGUGGUUCGCCGUGGGAGGUGUCGGAUCCUCAUCUGCGGGCACAGCAUGGUCUUCUGGGCCGCCCAUCAGGCCAAGAGGACCCACCUCGGAUCCCAGCUUGGCCUCAGCCGUUGGGCCCAGAUCGAGUGGCAGGGCCGUCGGGGCCUGCGUUGGCCGGGCCUGUUGCCUCUCCUGUUUGAGGGAAGGUCUGCCCCUCCGCCUCAUUUUUUAGUUAUACAUUUAGGGGGUAAUGACUUAGGUUGGGUCAAGGGGAAGGCUCUUACGCUGCAAGCGCAAGCUGACCUUCGGUUUAUUUUGAGCCGGUGGCCGGGCGUUCUUAUUAUCUAUUCGGCCAUCCUCCCCCGGCGUGUAUGGAAGGAGGCUUUGGAUCAUGAUGCUGUCGAACGGACUAGGCGUAAGGCCAAUAAGGCCAUGUUUAAGGCUUUGGGUGAGGGCCUGGGGGUUUAUUUACCCCAUCCUCAAAUUAGGGACACGUACGCCGACCUCUUUAGGGGGGAUGGUGUUCACCUGUCCUUUAAAGGUUCAGCACCAGGUGGCACCAACGGAGCCCACUCAGCAGUGGCACAGAGGGAUGAAGAACUGAUGGUGGACUUUGAGUAUGAGGCGGUCUUGGAAUCUGCACCUGUGGCAGUGGCAGUAGACCCUGUGGAGCCUGUGGCCUUUUUUGGAGCACUGCACAUUAGUGAACUGGUUGUCCAGUUGAAGACGGACAAGUCUGGUCGGGCCUUAAUGGUGCAGGAUGUUAUGUUGAGGGAUGGAGAGGUUUCCCUCACGAUUCGUAAGUCCAAAAUGGACGAAAAGAAGGAAGGGGUGGUUAUUACCCUCGGGACCUGUGCGGACCCAGGGUUGUGUCCAUCUCGAGGCCAGGUGAUCAAUUCUACUUUCUUCGUCCGGAAACAAAUGUCCCCAACGGUUAAAAAAUUGGAGUGCUUGUACUACAAAGAAUCCCAGCUUUUGCGUAUCGCCAUCGAAAGUGGCUUCCAGUUUAAUCCAGUUUAA